UGGUUGAAGCGACAUUUCCUGUGCCUGGGGGCCAGGGUGAGAGGAAAGAUGAGUUGCUGAGUGUGCACACCUUUUAGGCACACAUACACUCGCUCUGCUGCAGUCCCCUUCUCAGGCUGCCCCAUGGAGAUGCCCAUGGCCCAGGUAUGUCCCCAAGGGAGCCGCGAAGCCCCGCCCCCCACCUUCAGCACCUUCCAGCCCAGGGACUUGGCCCGAAAAAGCUGUCAGGGCCUCGGGUUGUUCCUAGAGCCCACGCUGCAGACCCUAAGGAUGGGGGAGCCCCAACCCAGUCCUGGGGCCCCAGCUGCUGUCCAUACUUCGGCAUUUCCCCCAGCCCUGGGGGCUGCUUGUAUCCCAGGGAAUGUGGAGAAAGCUGAAGAGGUACCUGAGGAAGGCAGCCUGUCUCUGCAGGCUGAGAUCCGUGCUUGGUUCCAGGAGACCCAGGCCCACUCGCUCCUGCAGUGUGGGGCAGCUCCGGCCUGGUUCCACGGCUUCAUCACCCGAAGGGAGGCUGAGAAGCUGUUGGAGCCCCAGCCUCAGGGGUGCUACCUGGUGAGGUUCAGCGAGAGUGCCGUGACCUUCGUGCUGACCUACAGGAGCCAAGCUUGCUGCCGCCACUUCCUGCUGGCCCAGCUCACAGAUGGGCGCCACGUGGUGCUGGGUGAGGACAGUGCCCACGCACGGCUGCAGGAUCUGCUAAGCCACUACACUGCACAGCCGCUCAGCCCCUAUGGAGAGACGCUGACCCAGCCCCUCGCCCGCCAGACUCCAGAGCCCGCAGGGCUUUCCCCAAGGACUGAAGACUCAGAUUCUGGAAGCAAAAGCCAGGACUUGAACCCCCUCUACCAACAGAAUCCAACCCCAACCCCAAGGCACAAAGAAAAGGCUUGGGAGCCAAAGGAGGUCCUGCUGCCCAGGUCCAAACCUCCUGUCCCUGCCAAGCCUGCGCUGCCCCCUGAGGUCUACGCAAGCCCUGCACCACGACCCCGGCCAACCCCACCACCCAGGCCUGUGACCCCCAUCUACCACGAGCUGGAUGAACCCAUCGCUUUCUACGCCAUGGGCCGGGGCUGCCCCCCAGAGACAUCUGGCCACGUCUAUGCAGAGCUGGAUGGGUCAAAUGCCUGCAGCCAGAUGGUGAGUCUGAGUAGGAGAAAAUGACUGGAACAGCAGGUGCAGAGACCUCCUCACAUACCCGGGUAACCUCAGGAAAUGGAUGGGAGAAACCACAGGCAAUCAAAGCUGAAGAGGACUUCAGCCCUCAUCUAUCACAAGGAUGGCAAAAAGGUGUCAACUUGCCUGCCAACUUCAAUCCAUUGGUCAUGACUGCCUAGAGCGCAGCACUGAAAAGGAUCUUAAGGUCACAUCUGAACUCAGCAGAAAAGAGCACUGUGACUGAUUAGUGAUGUCUGCUGUGGGUACAGAAAGGAGGAGGAACAGUGCUUCAUCUGCCCUUACUGACCAAGUCUAGCUCCCUCACUGUGCAGGAUGCAGAAACAAAGCCAGCGAGGCAAAGUGACUUAGCCAAGGUCAAGAACUAAAACCUAAGCUUCUUGAUUCUCUCGUUCAGUGCCCUGUUCCUUGCCCCACAUCCUGAAACUCUUCUCCUGCUUUCCUCUUUGCCUGUUUUACCGCUGGGGCCCUUAAUGUUAGGUCCCCUCCUGGACGCAAGUUUAGCCCUGUGCCCUUGACAGUCUGCUCCCCACCCCCAUCCCCACUCAGAAACCUAGAAGUCAGAGGAGCAAAUGUGGAAUCUGUCUCUUCUUAGGGACAUUCGAACUGGCUUGUUCCCAAGAAUCUCUGAAAAUCCACUGCCUCAAUGCCAGCGACCCUCUAAGAUGGCAAGAUAUGUUCAAGGAAGCUCUGCUGGCCACUGCCCUGGUUUCUCCUCCUGGAGUCUAAUUUCUUUGGUCCUCUGGGCCUUUGAGUCUGGGCUCUGGUCCAAUGCUGCUGUUGUCUGAGGAAUGCUUUGGUGAGAACAGAUGUUAGAACUUGUUUGUUGAUUCUCUAAUAAAUCAUCACCAACAA